CCCGGCUCCGCCCCUCGUCCGGUGGCCGGGGGACUGCUGGAGGAGGAGCGUGGAGGCAGUGAAAGGAGCUCUCGGCGCGGCCCGCUGCUUGUCCCGACCUGGUGGUGAAGCCCCACCGUGCAAUCCGCGGAAACUGUGACCAUCAGUAAUCAUGAAGAACCCCUUUGUGCACCUUAUUGAGCCCCUAGAUCCUGCACAACCAGAAAAGAAAUUCUUCAAUUUGAAUAAACUGGAGGAUUCAAGAUAUGGACGUUUACCAUUUUCUAUCAGAGUUCUUCUGGAAGCAGCCAUUCGGAACUGCGAUGAGUUUUUAGUGAAGAAAAAUGACAUUGAGAAUAUUCUGAAUUGGAAUGUCAUGCAGCACAAGAACAUAGAAGUGCCAUUUAAGCCUGCCCGUGUCAUCCUGCAGGACUUUACAGGUGUGCCAGCUGUGGUUGACUUCGCUGCCAUGCGAGAUGCUGUGAAAAAGCUGGGAGGAGAUCCAGAGAAAAUCAACCCUGUCUGCCCUGCCGAUCUUGUGAUUGAUCAUUCCAUCCAGGUUGAUUUCAACAGAAGGACAGACAGUUUACAGAAGAAUCAAGACCUGGAAUUUGAAAGAAAUAGAGAGCGAUUUGAGUUUCUGAAGUGGGGUUCCCAGGCCUUUCGCAACAUGAGAAUUAUUCCCCCUGGUUCAGGAAUCAUCCACCAAGUGAAUCUGGAGUAUUUGGCAAGAGUGGUAUUUGACCAGGAUGGAUAUUAUUACCCAGAUAGCCUCGUGGGCACAGAUUCACACACUACCAUGAUAGAUGGCCUGGGCGUUCUUGGUUGGGGAGUGGGAGGAAUCGAAGCAGAAGCUGUCAUGCUGGGCCAGCCCAUCAGUAUGGUGCUUCCCCAGGUGAUUGGCUACAGGCUGGCAGGGAAGCCCCACCCUCUGGUGACAUCCACUGACAUUGUGCUCACCAUUACCAAGCACCUCCGCCAGGUUGGGGUUGUGGGCAAAUUCGUGGAGUUCUUCGGCCCAGGAGUAGCUCAGUUGUCCAUUGCUGACCGAGCUACAAUUGCUAAUAUGUGUCCAGAGUACGGAGCCACUGCAGCCUUCUUCCCUGUUGAUGAAGUUAGUAUCAAGUACCUGGUGCAGACAGGUCGGGAUGAAAACAAAGUGAACUACAUUAGAAAGUACCUUCAGGCUGUAGGAAUGUUCCGAGAUUUCAGCGACUCCUCACAAGACCCAGACUUUGCUCAGGUGGUGGAGUUAGAUUUGAAAACAGUGGUACCUUGUUGCAGUGGACCCAAAAGGCCUCAGGACAAAGUUGCUGUGUCUGACAUGAAAAAAGACUUUGAGAGCUGCCUUGGAGCCAAGCAAGGAUUUAAAGGAUUCCAAGUUGCUCCAGACCAUCACCAUGACCAUCAGACAUUUAUCUACAAUAACAGUGAAUUCACCCUUGCUCAUGGCUCUGUGGUCAUUGCUGCCAUUACAAGCUGCACAAACACUAGCAACCCAUCUGUGAUGUUAGGAGCAGGGUUGCUGGCAAAGAAGGCUGUGAACGCUGGCCUGAAUGUGAAGCCGUACAUCAAAACCAGUCUGUCCCCCGGAAGCGGUGUGGUCACCUACUACCUGAGAGAAAGUGGAGUCAUGCCUUAUCUGUCUCAGCUUGGGUUUGAUGUGGUAGGCUACGGCUGCAUGACUUGCAUAGGCAACAGUGGGCCCUUACCUGAACCCGUGGUAGAAGCCAUCACUCAGGGAGACCUCGUAGCUGUGGGAGUAUUAUCUGGAAACAGAAAUUUUGAAGGUCGUGUCCACCCUAACACCAGGGCCAAUUAUUUAGCCUCUCCUCCCUUAGUAAUAGCAUAUGCAAUCGCUGGAACCAUCAGGAUUGACUUUGAGAAAGAGCCACUAGGAGUGAAUGCAAAGGGACAACAAGUGUUUCUGAAGGAUAUCUGGCCGACUCGAGAUGAGAUCCAGGCAGUAGAACGACAGUUUGUAAUCCCUGGGAUGUUUAAGGAGGUCUAUCAGAAAAUAGAGACUGUCAAUGAAAGCUGGAAUUCCCUAGAAGCUCCAUCAGAAAAAUUGUAUUUCUGGAACCCCAAAUCUACAUACAUUAAAUCGCCACCAUUCUUUGAAAACCUGACUUUAGAUCUCCAGCCUCCCAAGUCUAUCGUGGAUGCCUACGUGCUGUUAAAUUUGGGAGAUUCGGUAACAACUGACCACAUCUCUCCAGCUGGAAAUAUUGCAAGAAACAGCCCUGCUGCUCGCUACUUAACUAACAGAGGCCUAACGCCACGAGAGUUCAACUCCUACGGCUCCCGCCGGGGUAACGAUGCCAUCAUGGCUCGUGGGACGUUUGCCAACAUUCGCUUAUUAAACAAGUUUUUGAACAAGCAGGCACCGCAGACUAUCCAUCUUCCUUCUGGAGAAACUCUUGAUGUGUUUGACGCUGCUGAGCGGUACCAGCAGGCGGGCCUUCCCUUGAUCGUCUUGGCGGGCAAGGAGUAUGGCUCAGGCAGCUCCCGAGACUGGGCAGCCAAGGGCCCUUUCCUGCUGGGAAUCAAAGCUGUUCUGGCAGAGAGCUAUGAACGCAUUCACCGGAGUAACCUGGUGGGCAUGGGGGUGAUCCCCCUUGAGUACCGACCCGGGGAGAAUGCAGACUCCCUAGGUCUCACAGGGCGGGAACGAUACACUAUCAGCAUUCCGGAAAACCUCAAGCCACGCAUGGAAGUCCAGGUCAAGCUAGACACUGGGAAGACCUUCCAGGCCAUCAUGAGGUUUGACACCGACGUGGAGCUCACGUAUUUCUAUAAUGGGGGCAUCCUCAAUUACAUGAUCCGCAAGAUGGCCCAAUAGACCCACCCUGGUGCUGCUAUCCACAAGACCCCAUGCUCUCAGCCUCCCCAGCCCCACACGGCCUCAGCCUUGUGACCGAAGCCCGUGGGCACUGCAGUUCCAAAUGUCAUCCCUGGAGGCACAAAGCCAGACAUUUCCACAUCCUCUCUACUUCUAUUUAUCUUUUUAUCCUUUCCUAGAACUCAGAAGCUAGAAUCAUGAGAUCAGUAGUAUCAGAAAGAAAACUAGCU